AUGCCAUCUGCGUCAAAAUUUGACCGCUAUAAAGCAUGGAAAGCCCUCAGUGAUUCUGAAUCAAACGAGAAAAUUUUAGAUUCGUGUUCUGCAGCAUCUAAGAUAAGUAUCCCCACUUCCUCCAUAACAAGUACAAUUCCUUAUAAAAAAGAUGAAGAAUGGCCAACAGGUGAUGAAAAUAUUGUUCGCCACUUGAUCACGAAACAAAAAAUUAAUGGUUUAUGGGAUUUAACUGCCGCAGAUAUUGAAAAACUUCUCGGAAAAUCACCGUCAAGCUUUUCAUCAGAUACGAAUCAAGAAAUUUUGAUUUCAGCUAUCAUUAUAGUGACACUUGAAACACGAUACACCAUGUUCUCAGCAAUGUGGCAUGGUAUAGUACAAAAAGCUCGGAAACAACUUCUUGAUUUACUCGGUAACGAUACUAAACAAUUGGAAUCUUUAUUAGAAAACAUUCGCCAACAAUUUUGA